AUGGAGUUGCUGGGCCAGUACAAGGUGGACCAUCGUCAGAGGAAAGUUGCUAUCGUCAGCCAAGACAGUUUCUACAGAGUCUUGACACCUGACCAGAAGGCCAAGGCACUCAAGGGCCAUUACAACUUUGACCACCCAGGUGGGGGUGGCAGGUAGCUUAGCGGUUAAGAGCGUUGGGCCUAAAGAUUGGACCGAAAGGUCGCUGGUUAGAAUCCCUGAAUUGCUCCUGUAAGUCGCUCUUGAUAAGAGCGUCUGCUAAAUGACUAAAACGUAAAUGUAAAAUGUACUACAGGCCUGUAUGAAUUGUAAUAACAUAAGUAUAAUCGUUGUAAUAACAUAAGCUCUCAGUCAGUCACUUAUCACUUAGAUAACGUGGAUUUAGUUAAUCAUGGCGUUUAAUGAAUCUUUGCUAGAAUUAUAAAUGGCUAAUGUUCUGGCUGAACAGUGUAAUUGAGUUAAUAACCUUAAUGUUUAUUACAGAUGCUUUCGACAAAGAGUUGAUGUACCAAACCCUGAAGGAUAGUGUGGAGGGGAGUGUUGUGGAGGUGCCGACAUAUGACUUUGUCACGCAUUCCAGGUGA